AUGGUGACCAAUCCUCGGGAUCCGAAUACCGUGAGUAACUACAACAACUGGCGUUCUACCCACAUCACCGCCAAUUUCGAUAUUCUGUUCGACCAGAAGAAGCUGGUGGGCAAUGUCGUUCAUCGAUUCAAAUCCAUCACCAAUGCCGAGUCUCGCGAGAUUAUUCUGGAUACCAGCCAUCUCGACAUUGGCACCGUGAAGGUGAAUGGCCAGCCAUCCAAGUGGGAGUUGCUGCCCCCGCUGGAACCCUUCGGAGUUCCGUUGAAGAUUCGUCUUGAGCAAGGUGUCGAGCUGGAUGGUACCGUUGAGGUUGACAUUGCCGUGAAAACUACAGAGAAGUGCACGGCGCUGCAAUGGCUGACCCCGGCACAAACCUCGAACAAGAAGCAUCCGUACAUGUUCUCUCAAUGCCAGGCAAUCCAUGCCCGGUCUAUCUUCCCUUGUCAGGAUACUCCAGAUGUCAAGAGCACCUUUGAUUUCAACAUCACUUCCCCUCUUCCGGUCAUGACCAGUGGUCUGCCCAUUCGCGAAUCCUCGGAAUCCAAGUCCGAGCACCAGCUGUAUCGAUUCCACCAGUCGGUGCCGAUUCCCAGCUAUCUCUUCGCCAUCGCUAGUGGAGAUGUUUCGGAGGCUCCCAUUGGACCCCGAAGUGUCGUCGCUACCAGCCCCGACAAGCUGGAUGAAUGCAAAUGGGAACUCGAAGCUGAUACCGAGAAUUUCAUCACCACGAUCGAGAAAAUUGUCUAUCCCUAUGCCUGGGGCGAGUACAAUGUCUUGAUCUUGCCGCCCAGUUUCCCCUAUGGUGGCAUGGAGAACCCAAUCUUCACUUUCGCAACCCCAAGUAUCAUCUCCAAGGAUCGUGAAAACAUCGAUGUUAUUGCACAUGAACUGGCUCACAGUUGGAGCGGUAACCUCGUCACCAAUGCCUCUUGGGAGCAUUUUUGGCUGAACGAAGGUUGGACCGUUUACCUAGAGCGACGGAUUUUGGCUGCUAUCCACGGCGAAGCGUACCGCCACUUCUCAGCCAUCAUUGGAUGGAAGUCUCUGACAGAUGCUGUCGAGCACUUUGGUAAUGACCACGAGUUCACUAAACUCAUUGUGGACCUGAAGGGUAAGGACCCCGAUGAUGCAUUCUCCAGCAUCCCUUACGAGAAGGGCUUUAACUUCCUGUUCUACCUUGAGAACCUUGUUGGAAAGCCGAAGUUUGACAAAUUCAUCCCUCACUACUUCACAAUGUUCAAGUGCAAAUCUCUAGACUCCUAUGAAUUCAAGGCCACACUCUUGGACUUCUUCGAGUCGGAUGCCGAAUCAUCCAAGCUCCUGAACGAUCUAGAUUGGGAUAAGUGGUUCUAUGCACCGGGCUUGCCGCCCAAGCCAAGCUUCGACACAUCGCUUGUGGACGUCGUCUAUGGGCUUUCCAAGAAAUGGCAGUCUCUUCCCGGGUCUUCCUUUAAGCCUCAAGCCAGCGAUAUCGAGGGCCUGACUGCAAACCAAUUGGUUGUCUUCCUGGAACAGAUACUCCUGUUGGAAAAACCGCUCAGUCCGGAGAUCUCGAAACUGAUGGGUGAUGUCUACGGCUUGUCCAAGAGUGAGAACAUUGAAGUUUCCAACCUUUAUUUCCAGGUUGGCAUGAAGGCCGGGGAUGACAGCGUCAUCGAACCGACGACUGAGUUGCUCGGCCGCAUUGGACGGAUGAAGUUUGUGCGACCUCUCUUCCGCAAUCUCCAAAAGAUCAACCGUCCUGUUGCCCUCGAAACUUUCGAGAAGUACAAGGACUUCUACCACCCCAUCUGCCGCGGCAUGGUGGAAAAGGAUCUUUUCGGCAAGAAAGACAACUAA